UCACUACUCAUUAGCAGAAGUUCAUCAUCUUUGGAUGGAACCAUUGUCCUAACAAUUUGGCUUGUUUUGCACCCAUCUCACCAUGCUGACAGCAACAAAUCAGAAAAUUUCUUUUUGGGUCUGAUAAAAGAUGGAAUCUUGACCACUAGAUUGUAAUGUUCUGGCAAUGAAAUGUGUUUUCCAGUUUCAUUUCAGGGGAAGGGUAGGUAGGUAAUCUGUACUUCAAAUCUUUUGUUUCUUGUUAAGAGGUGCCAGUGGUCCUAUUUAUGACAAUUUCAGCUGAAUAAUUCUUGGAAACUGAACUUGUAUUUAUAGGUACCAGUGGUCCUAUUUAGGGAGAAAUCCCUAAACAUUUCUUGGGAUUUUCCAGCAUCUCCAUACCCUCAUUUCUUGGAAGAUGCUUCAAAUCAUAGUGGCUUUGAUUAAUUUUCUUGCUCUCUGAGAUUUGUCCUGUACCCCACGUGUUUGUGGAAAUGUCUGAAAGUUUAUGCCACAAUGAGGGUAAAGAUAAAAGAUGUAGCUUUGACACUUUUUCUCUUCCCUUUUAUCUUCCACUCCACAGACAUUUGUCACUGUUAUAGAAACUGCUUUUAGUUUUCUGGCAUAUUCCCAAUUCUGAAAGUUUCUUGAAAUUUCAAACAAAUUGCAAGAAACACAGUAAUUUAAUUUGCCUUUCUUUCUUGGGUGGCAUUCACUUGUAUCCAUGAGUGGAAUUAGCCCAAUUCUGCUGUUGGUGAUAGUGAUUCUUGCUGUUAUCUUCUUUCUGUUUGGCAUUCUUCAUCUUCUUAUAAGAUAUUUCACGAAAAGGCCAUCUUUCUCGUCGUCGCUUCCACAGUCGAAUAGAUUCCCGGACACUUCUGCAGGUUCCCAUGUUCUUCAGAGGCAGCUUCAACAUCUCUUCCGGUUACACGAUUCUGGUCUAGACCAAGCCAUCAUUGAUGCUUUGCCCAUGUUUUACUACAAGGACAUCACAGGCUUGAAGGAGCCAUUUGAUUGUGCUGUUUGUUUGUGUGAGUUUUUAGAGCAGGACAUGCUGAGAUUGCUCCCCUUGUGCUGCCAUGCCUUUCACAUUCACUGCAUAGACACCUGGCUGCUAUCAAACUCAACCUGCCCUUUGUGUAGGGGCCUAAUUGCCUCUUCUUUUCCUCAAGGGUCUAGCUUUGAUGAGCCAAGAAACCAGUGGCAUUGCUUCUUGGAGGAUGAUGGGAAGAGGGAGGAUUUGAGCGGCCACGAGGAGGCACGAAAUGUGCAGCAAAUUGGAGGGGACUGGAGGGUUUUCUCAGUGAGGCUGGGGAAAUUUCUGAACCAGGGAGGUGGUGAGAGUACUGGAGACUGCAGAUUAAUGCAAGGGGAAAUUAGUAGGUGCAACUUGGAUGCAAGGAGGUGUUUCUCCAUGGGUUCUUGCCAGUAUGUUGUUGGGGACUCAGAAUUGCAGGUUUCUUUGCCUAGUGCCCGAAACGCGAGUCGGCUUCUGAAAGGAAACCACCAUGGCCCUCCUGGGUUGAGCAGUGAAGGUAAAAAGAUCAGUGCCAGAACUGAGGGGGAGAGCUUCUCCAUAUCCAAGAUUUGGCUGUGGUCCAAGAAAGGUAAACUUCCAAGUUGUCCAGAAACUAAUGUUACUGGAACUUCUCUCAAUAAUCUUGGUUUGUCCAUGGCUGAAACUGGAUAAAUCCCGCCUUCUGAUCUUAGCCGGCAAAGGAACACAAGGAGGUAAAUCAGAAGGUUCAGACUCGAUCAAAUCAAGAAGGUUGGGAUUUGAACUGGUGACUUUGUUAUAGUUACAAAUUUGUAUCCUUAUUAGCUAUCUUGGCUAGAGUUAUACCAAUGAUGAGUUUUCUUAUUUGGAUGUUGAUGUAGUCAACUUAAAUUAUUCCACUGCUUUGUUUUCUUCAACUCAUUCUUGAGUAGCUUUAAGAAUUGACAAUGAUUUUUGGCCACAUGUUA